AUGAACCGGCAGCAAGCUGCAGAGAAGGCAUUACAUGACCAGUCAAAUAUUCUUCCAAUCAGUCAACUACUGAUUGUGUUCACGGGUCUAGCGGUCUCCUUGCUUAUCACUUUUGUGGACCAAAAUGGCAUCAGCGUUACUCUACCCACAAUAGCCAAGGAUCUCCAUGCCCGAAACACUAUCUCUUGGGCAGGGACAUCAUCGCUUAUAGCAAAUACUAUGUUUACGGUGCUGUAUGGCCGCCUCUCGGACAUAUUUGGCCGGAAGAUAGUAUACCUAUUCGCGUUGGCUCUCCUCUGUAUUGCCGAUUUGCUGUGUGGGCUAUCCCAAAAUGCCCCUAUGUUUUAUGUCUUUCGAGGGUUAGCUGGUGUGGCUGGAGGCGGCGUGACGUCUCUGACAAUGAUAAUUGUAUCUGAUGUCGUCUCUCUCAGAGAACGAGGCAAGUAUCAAGGCAUUUUGGGCGCAUCAUUGGGGCUUGGAAAUGUGCUAGGCCCGUUCAUAGGAGCUGCAUUCGUCAUGAUGUCAACAUGGAGAGGUUUCUUCUGGCUUCUUUCUCCAUUAUCAGCUUGCUCCAUAGUGGUGGGCUAUUUCCUCAUUCCGAACAAUGCUCAAAAAAAUAGCUUCCGCGAGAACAUAAGCCGCAUUGAUUUCUUCGGGAUCAUUGCAUCAUCCGUCGGUAUAAUCUUCUUGCUUAUCCCUAUAUCUGGCGGUGGAUCCUAUUUCGAAUGGGAUUCUCCCUUGGUUAUCAGCAUGCUCGCCAUCGGUGCUUGCUCUUUGAUAACGUUCAUAUUCAUCGAAUGGAAAGUGGCCACGCUGCCGAUGCUUCCUGUGGCGUUCUUCAAGAAUAAGGUGAUUUGUACACUCUUCCUGCAAAGUUUCCUCCUAGGAGCUGUGUAUCAAUCCUAUCUCUACUAUUUGCCACUCUAUUACCAGAACGCUCGAGAGUGGUCUCCACUUGUAUCUGCAGCAUUCACUGCGCCCAUGGUCGUGUGCCAGUCGUUGGCUUCCAUCUUGUCGGGACAGUACAUCUCCCGGCGCAGACGUUACGGAGAGGUAAUUUGGACCGGAUUUGGUCUUUGGACUCUGGGCGCUGGUUUGGUCCUUUUAUUUGAGCUCGACACUAGUCCAGGUGUUAUCGUGGCCGUCGUCGCUAUUAUCGGUAUAGGAGUGGGCGGAACCUUCCAGCCUACCCUCGUAGCCUUCCAGGCUCAUUGUACCAAGUCCCAACGUGCUGUCGUUAUCUCAGACCGUAACUUUUUCCGCUGUCUCGGUGGUGCAUGCGGACUAGCCGUUUCGGCUGCUCUGUUGCAGGCGACCCUCAGGUCCAGCCUACCUGAUGGAUACCAGUAUCUCGCCCAUUCUUCUUAUUCUUUGCCUUCACGUUCAAAUGUUUCGAACGCAGAUUGGUCGCAGAUUGUCACUGCGUACGCUAAGGCAUCGAGGAGCGUGUUUAUCCUGCAGGUGCCGUUGAUCGGCGUAGCAUUUAUUGCUUGUCUCUUGAUCCGGGAUAGGGGGCUAGAAAGGCUAAAGGAGCCGGGAGAGGAGGAAGAGAAAAAUGAGACACAGCCUGGCUGUGAUAAUCAGCAAGGGAGUGCUCAUGGCUAG